UAUAUAAGCCACUCACGUGAAACUGAAUAUUCAAAAAUGGAUGCAAAAAUGAUUUCACAUAAAAUAAAUCCAACACCAACUAUAGCUCAUUCGAAGCCAAGACUUAUUAAACCAAAACAAAAUUUUGUGGUUGGAGUUCUUGCAAGGCCUUCAGAUAACAUUGGAGAAGAAACAUUAAAGAAAACUAAUGUAUACAAAGAUAAUUGGUUUGAUAAAUUAGCCAUAAACCACUUAUCAAAAAGUGUUCAAGCAGCAACAGGAAUCAGUAACAAUAAGAGUGGUUUUGAUAGCCUUGUAGAAGCAGCUACCGUGGCUUCACAAAAAUUUAGUUCUGUUCAACAGCAUGAAGUUGUUCUAGAAGCACUUGACAGAGCCUUUCCAAGACCAAUACUUUCAAUGAUAAGGAAAGUGAUGCCACCAUCAAAAUUAGCAAGGGAAUAUUUUGCCGUCUUCACCACUUUGUUCUUUGCUUGGUUACUCGGUCCCUCCGAGGUGAGAGAAUCAGAAGUCGACGGAAAAAGAGAAAAAAAUAUUGUCUACAUAAAAAAAUGCAGAUUCUUAGAAGAAACAAAUUGUGUUGGAAUGUGUAUUAAUCUCUGCAAAAUGCCUUCUCAAAUGUUCAUAAAAGACUCGUUCGGUAUGCCAGUCAACAUGGUUCCAAAUUUUGAUGACAUGAGUUGUGAGAUGAUAUUUGGCCAGGAACCCCCAUUAUCGACUCAUGAUCCCGCACUCAACCAACCCUGCUAUAAACUAUGCAAGGCAAAGAAAAACCAUGGAACAAAUUGUCUCAAUUAAUGUAGCAGGGUUUGAGGGCAGCAUGGUUGGAGCAAGAGUGUCCCCCACCUUUGAGUGCUUCCAAAGCUAAGAACAAUUAAGUGGUUCAAUACAAUCUAAGCCAAUAGGAUUUCAUUUUAACUGAAUUUUCAUCAUAUCAAUAGUUUUAAAGUUCAUAAAAAUUGUUUGCCACUAUCAUAAAAAUUAUAUAAUGUUACAUCACACACGAGGGUUGUUAUUUAUGAUUUGAGUUCCAAUCCA